UUGGCCCCGUCGUCCUUUCUCUCCGCUUUGUUGCACCUGUGGAGAACGUCGAUGCCGAGGCGCGAGAUCGACGAAGAAGGAGAACGGAACGGGAACGCGGCGCGGAACGGGAACCGAACGCGUACCGCGAGUAGAAGGAGGAGCUGAAGGAGAGAACCCGGUGGUGGAGGUGGAGGAAGAAGAAGAGAAGGAGGCGGCGGGCAAGGCGGGAGGAGGAGGAGAACGGAACACGAGAGAUCGGCAGCACAGUUUCGUGUUCAGUUUAGCUCGGUUCGGCUCUCUCAGCUUUAUAGUAUCGAAAACUACCAAGUACUUGAAAAGGUCUCGUUCGCAUUCCCCUCAAACGGUUCCGCGCACUCACCAGACAGAGAGUCCGGAGGUUGCGAUUUCUCUCCUUCUCUCUCCGUCAGCUUGCGAGAGACGCGAGAUUCUUAGUCGCCCGAGCGGCGACUAGAAUACCUGUUGCUCUGCGUGCUCACGCGAGGAGACCGGCGACGUGUUGGUGCGCAGUUCGCGGGCGAAACAGCGACAACGAAGGUGACGUGUACGCCGAGGAAUCAUGGGGACGAUAUGGCGGCUUUCCGCGAUGAUGCUUUUGUUAAUGAUGCAUUCUGCUCUACUCAGUGCUCAUCGUGAACACAAGGUCCACAAUAUCGUGCUGUAUCCUGAUAAGCACAGUUGGUGCAAGACGACGCCUAUAAAACAGGUAGUGACAUGGCCUCAGUGUUCUUCGCAGGAAUUGGACAAUAACGUUUGCGUCGGCGCUUGUUUUUCAUAUAUGGUCCCUCACAGUGAACCCUCCGCACCUGGAGACCUCAUAAGACCUUAUUGCGAUUCCUGUCAACCUCUCGACAGUGUUUGGCACACUGUUACGCUAGAUUGCAAAGACGAACAAAAUAAUCCAGUGACUAUGCAAAAGAAAGUGCAGAUCAUCACAAACUGUUCCUGCAGUUCCUGCAUGGAGACUUCGAAGAUCAAGCCGGACUAUAACACCCUACUACAGUCCCUAACAGAGGAGAAUUUGGACAAGAAUGUGAAUGUGGCACACGAGACGCCCGAUUUACUGCUGGAUCCGAACUUAAAUGCCUCGAAGAAUACAACAAGAGAAUUUAACGGAACGCAAAUCAAUGAGCGGUUCCAUCAACUCGUCAAGAAAUUGAAGGAAUCGCAAAAGCUGGACGACUCACAUAUGAAGGAAUUGUUCUCUAAAUAUGAAGAAGAGGUCGACUUGGAAAAAUUGAAAGAAACGAUUAAGAAGUAUACUCAAGAAAACAAGGAAGGCCAGCAUGAGCAUCAUCGUCAGCACCAGCAUGAGCAUCAGCAUCAACAUCAACAGCAACAACAGCAGCAUCUUCAUCACGGACCGCAUCACUCUUUGGUGCUGGACUCGGACGUGAAGGAAAAAAUUGACGUGGAACCACAUUACCUGCAUCCCGCUGUCGCUGGACAAGAGAUCAGUUACCAUGACAAUAUCCUGGUAGGUAAGGAGAAGAAGAAGAACUUCUAGGUCCAUCGAAGCGGAAUUCGUCAUUGCACGAGAGUCGCCUUCGUUCGCCACGCUCAUAAAACGUAGUAGUCGGUUGAGAUUCACAGAAAUGCGUAGAUACAUUUAUAAGCGAACGAUUGGGAUACCUAGUCUGCUAUCUGAUUUUAAUUCUACGUAUUUAUUUACGUAACGGUAAUUGGAUCG